AUGAGCUUUCCGGCGAGAUCCGGAGGAAAUCAGCAAAUGCAAGUCACUACGAGUGCUGAAUUUGGCGGACAACAAGCUCACCGGUCGAAUCCCAGAGUCUUGUUUCAGCUCGUGGAACUCACGGCUCUUGCUCUUUUCAACAAUAGGUUGCAAGGUACGUUAUCUCCAUCAGUGUCUAACCUAAGGAAUCUACAAGAACUUGAUCUGUAUCGCAAUGACUUGGAAGGCAAGUUACCUAAAGAAAUCGGAUUGCUCAGCAAAAUUGGAAAUUCUAUAUCUAUACGAGAACCGUGGAGAGAUUCCAUCUUCAAUCGGAAGAUUGAAAGAGCUCACUUACUUCACUUGAGAGAGAACGAGUUUGCUGGUAACAUUCCGGCCAGUUUAGGAAACUGUAACCAACUGACGCUUCUUGAUCUAGCGAAUAGCCAGCUCUCCGGUUCGAUUCCUUCCUCGUUCGGAUUCUUAAAGUCGUUACAAGAGUUAUACCUUUAUAACAACUCUCUUGAGGGGAAUCUUCCGAGCUCACUCAUCAACCUCAAGAAUCUGACAAGAAUCGACCUUUCCAGAAACAAGCUCAAUGGAUCGAUCAGUCCCUUGUGCGGUUCGAGCUCUAUCUCUCGUUUAGCGUCACAGGAAACCGAUUCCAAGGAGACAUACCUCUUGAUCUAG